AUUUGGCUAACAAACGUUUGACAUUUUGCUGCUUCGUGUCGUUGUUCAAUUUGCAAGCGGCAUCAGACGAAAAUCUCGGUAGAAAUCCGUAAACUACAUUUUGUCAGCCGGUUUGUUACUAAUUUUCUAUUAUUGGUGUCGCUCAAAAAGAUACAUACACUAUCGCCUUGCUCGUUUGGUACGUUCAAUUGGUAAAUCUGAAGGAUUUUUAGGCUGUUCCACAGAACAAGAUGCACACUGUUCUCACACGAGGAAAUGCAAUCUUGGCGUAUUCGCUAAGUGUGUUGGCCUUUCUAACAUUCUGUUGUUUCGCAUCCACUUUUUUCAAUGAUUAUCGGAUGAAUGCAAGGAUUAACACCGUGAAGGUUUUGGUCAAAAAUGUUCCAGACUUUAGUGCUUCCCGAGAAAAGAAUGACCUUGGCUUCUUGACGUUCGAUUUGAAUACUGACCUGAACGGUUUAUUCAACUGGAACGUGAAGCAGCUGUUUCUUUACCUGACGGCAGAAUAUAAAACCGAGCAAAACGAGUUGAAUCAGGUUGUGUUGUGGGACAAAAUAAUUCUGCGGGGGGAAAACGCUAAUUUGGAUUUCAAGAACAUGAACACAAAGUACUAUUUCUGGGAUGAUGGAAAUGGUUUAAAGGGUCAUCACAAUGUAACGCUCACACUGUCGUGGAAUAUUAUCCCGAAUGCUGGUUUGCUGCCGAAUAUAUUUGCUCUGGGGCACCAUUCCUUCAAGUUUCCGCAAACGUAUAUGGUUUCUCCGGUUUAGUCAGUCCUGUAGGGAAAGGUCAGUAACUCGAACCGGCAGUCCUUAUUGUGGCGACCGAGCACAACUUCCUGAAAGGCAGUAAUUAUCCUUCUAUUUCUCCGUCGAGUUUAAGUUCAAUAGCAUAAUUUUGUUCGAUUUGUUAACGGUUGUCAACAUAUCGGAAUCAAAUAAAAAAUAAUUGAACUGAGCAUAAUUUUAAGAAGAAGGAAAUAAAUAAAUAUUGUCAGAAAAGACA